UCCAUCCAUCCAUUUUUACAAAUUUGAUUGAUGUUUGUGUGUGUGUGUGGUGCGUAUUUAGUUAAAUCAAGAUUUUGGUUCCAUGAACUAAUCACAUCAACAAUCAAAUCAUUGAUUUCUGGAUUGUGUGAUAUUCAUUUGAUUUUCUCAACCAAACACCUUGGUACCUUACACACAAAUAAGGAAACAUUAGUUCAAGCACCAUCAACGGUUACAAACCAAAAUUUAGUUGUUACUAAUGGUGGUAAUAAUAAUGGACAUGUUGGAAUUGUUGUUUCUUCGUCCACAUCAUCAUCAUCUUCAUCUUCGUCUUUAGCUUCGUCGCCAACAUCACCAUCUUCGUCUUCAUCUUCGUCGUCUUCAUCAUGUUCAGCGCAAGCAUCACCACAACAAUCAACAUUAACAAAUUCGGUGAUUAUUGAUUCGACAAUAUCGUCGUCAUCAUCAUCAUCAUCGACAACAACGGUAACAAAAUCAUUGAUGGCACCAAAUCUUCAUCAACAAACAUCAGGUCAAAUGGUUAUGAUUGGAUCAUCAUCAAAUAUUGUUUCUGCAACUAAUUUAAAUAAAAACGCUGUGAAUGGUGUAAAUAUUGAUUAUAACGGUGGCAAUAAUCAAACAAAAUUUGCAAUUGCUCCGGCAUCAAUUGUUCAUCAAGUGAUUAAUCCGAAAGAUAACACAAAGAUGACGGCUACGGCUACAUCCAAUAAUAAUAAUAACAGUAUUUCUCCAUCUACGACCACCAAUUCAGAAGUAUUGGAACAGAACAAUGCAAUGGUCAAAACAACGGCCAUUACAAGUCAAAAUGUGCAACAAUCGGCUCCAACUGUAGCGACAAUAUCAUCAUUUGUAUUGCCCAUUUCUUUGAGUGGUGGUAAUGAUUCUACCGCAACAUUGUCAUCAUCAUCAACAACGCCUUCAACUUUUACCUUAUCUGGAUCAGGUAGUGGUGGACAUCAUAAUAACCAUAAUCGUAUAAUUCCAGCAUCAUCAGUUGUGGCCGCAAUUCAAUCUUCUGCGACGGCAACUAAUGGCAGUAAUAACCUAUCAAACUGUGGUAGUGGAAACAUUACUGUUGAAAGCAAUAGUAUGACCAGUGGUGGUCAAAAAACAUCAUCCAAUAACGGAAACGAUCAACAACAUAUUACUAUACAACAAAUGGCCGCCGCAGUUGCAUCGACCACAUCUACAGCUUUGUCUGCGACACCAUUGUUGAAUAAUAAUUUAGGCUCACCAUCAGCAUCAAUGACACAGCAACAAGCACAAAAACGUCCGAUGAAUGCAUUUUUAAUAUUUUGUAAACGACAUAGAAGUGUUGUACGUGAACGUUAUCCACAUUUAGAGAAUCGUUCAAUAACGAAAAUUCUAGGCGAAUGGUGGGCAGCAUUAAAUGCUGAAGAAAAACAUGAUUAUACUGAUUUAGCAAGACAAUAUAAAGAAGCUUUUAUGAAAGCUAAUCCACAUUUUAAAUGGUAUAAAACAACAGAACCACCUAGACCGCCGCCGCCACCACUACCAUCAUCAUCGCAAACAUUAUCAUCGUUGACGACCCACAUGAUGCCUUCGAACCAAGUACAAAAUGUCAAUAAUAAUAUUACUGUUAAUACGGUUCUUGUAACUAAUAAUAACAACCAUAACAACAACGUAAAUAACACGGGUACUACAGUAACGAAUAGCAAUCAUCAACCGCAACAACAACAACAACAACAGUCAACAACAUCAUCAAUAUCAUUGGCUUCGGAAGUUUCCGGUUCAUCAUUACCGAUAGCCAAUCAAACUGUGCAAUCCUCAUCUAUGCCAACAUCUACAAACAACAAUGUUGUUGUUGUUGGCAAUAUGGUCAUAUCGCCAACUUCAUCUUCGACAACUCUAACAUCAUCUUCAAACAAUGGUGGUAAUGUUGUUGUUGCCAGUAAUUCAUCAUCAUCAUCAUCAGCAACAACAACACCAACAACAACGAUUUGUACAACACCAAAACCACCGAAAAAGCGUUAUCUUGAGUCAUUAGAAUCUAGUGGUGAUUAUACGAAAAAAAUAACGCCAGCACCAAAUCUUCCUGCAGUAAAUGGAACCUAUUCAGCUGUUUUGGUCUCCACUAACAAUAACAUUACAAAUAAUUAUCAAUCGGGCAAUGGUGCAAUUUCUCAAGUAUCGAACAAUGUUAUUGCUAGUGGUGGUGGUGAUGGUCAAUUAAAAAUGAUUCAUCAACCAAUGUCAUCGAAUAGAGAAAUAGUAUCCAGAGUAAUUGAACAACAAUUAUUAUUUAAUGGACCGAAAAACGGAUCAGGUUGUAAAACUGGUGCAAUGCCAUUUUUGUCGAAUAUAUCGUCCAGCCAGUCAAAAUUUGAUAAUAAUAAUUAUUCCUCUUCCGUUUCAAAUAAUAAUAAUAAUAAUAAUAAUAAUAAUAAUUAUGCAAUCACAUCUGAUAAUAGUUCAUCAGAAUUGAAGGCAGCCAAAACAAUGUUAGCAAUAGCAUCAGCUGCAUCCGGUGUCGGUACAACUGCAUUGAGUGGUGGUCCUACUACCGGUAGUACAGGCAAUGAAUCAAAUUGCAGUACUGGAAGUACUAAAAGUCAUCAUCAAAGUGAUUCCGGUUCUGAAACAGCAUCCGAUGAUGAAAUUCAUCAAAAUGAACAAUCAUCAACAAAUAAUAAAAAUACUUCAACAUUAAAAUUCUAUCCAAAUAGAUCAGCAACAAUGAUGGCAAUUGAAUCAAAUGUUGAAAAAAAUGAUAAUGAAGAUAUCAAACCAUUGAAUUUAAGUUCAACAUCAUCGAAUGUUACCAACACUAAUAGCAAAAAUAUUCAAUCUCCAAAAAAAUCAGACGAUGAUGAUGAUGAUGAUGGCGAACGUACUAUAACACGUUCAAAUCAACAAAUCAUUGAUCAUUAUAUUGAUAAAUUCUUAAGUUCUGGUCAAAUUUGUGAUUUCAAACCGUUGCCACCAAAUAUUAGUUCGAUUCAUGGCAAUUCUAAUAACAAAACAAAACAAUCAACAUUAUUAUCAUCAUCAACAUCAUCGCCAGCAACGACCACAGCAACAACAACAUCUAAUACAUCUGUUGCAUUGAAUCUAACAACACCGACAUCAAAUUCUUCAUCGUUGUCAUUAUCAUCAACAGCAACAACAACAACAACUAAUCAAUCAAAUUCAAAAUUUUUAUUGGUUGCCAAAGAUUUUAGUCUACGAUCAAUAACUGGUGGUGCUACUACUCCUACUACUACUGCUGCUGCUGCUGCUGUUGCUGUUGGUAGCAGUAAUAAUCAAACUGGCACAAAACGAUCACAUCCAGAUAAUCAAGUAUUGAUCGUCAAUAAUGGAUCUCCAGGAAAAAUUCUAUCAACUUCAAUAACAACACCUACAACAGCAUUGUUAAUGAAUUCGGCUAAAUUGACAAGUACAGAAUCAUUACCAUUAAAACGUUCAAGAAUUAAUGGAACAGUAAUCGGUGUUAAUGAAAUGAUGGCUGCUAUGGCUGCCGCUGCUGCUGCUGCUAAUGCCAAUAAUAAUAAUAACAAUAAUAAUAAUCAAGUUGUUUGUAACAAUCAAAUGAUCAAUGAUAAUGGUCAUUCGAAAUUUGUAACCGGAUCAUUCGAUCUUGAGGAACAUAUUCGAGCAUUACCGCAAUUAGACAAUAAUCAUCUGGUCAAUGCUCUUCAUCUUCGUAAUCAACAUGAAUUGACCAAAACGACAACAACGUCAUCAAAUAACAUUAAUACAACAAGUUGUUCCACUUCGAAUCCAACAUUGAUGAUCGUUCAAUCGAGCAAUACAAAUGCUCAAACUUCUCCAACAUCAACAGCAACAUCAUUGGUCAAAACGGUUUUCUAUCCAGCGACGACAACGACAACCGCUGCGAAUAAUGGACAACAACAAUCACAUUCCGCAUUUAUACCUAUAUCGACAGCAACAUCUUCAAUACAGCAACCGGAAAAUCUUAAAUUGAAUCUUAAUGGCCAGAAAAUAGCCUCAAUAAUUGGCACUACCAAAUUAUCUCAACUACCAAUAUCACGAUCAUCUUCAUUUUCAUCAUCGUCUGCGAAUUCAGCUGUUAAUCUUACCAUUACAACGCAAUCAACGCCGUCAUCAAUUAAUAAUGCAUCAUUAUCACGAUUGACAACUAUCACAGCCACAAAUACUACUUCAUCGUUGUCUUCCGAAUUAAAUAUGGAUGCAUUGCCUUUACGUUUAGCUACAGCGGCUACUGCCGGUGCUAUACCGAACACUACUGUCACAUCAUCAUCGGUAUCACCACGAAUGCAACAAAGCCCUUCGGUUGUUAUCAAAUUUGGUACUGGUCAAACAAUUCCGGUACAAACAUUGGAUGGCAAUUUAGUUUCUAUUGGUUAUAUAAGUAAAGCUGCCACUGCUUCUGCCGCUGGAAAUGUUUCAUCUGGAACUUCGACCAUAGCUCAACCGAUUAUAAUGACAACAACGCCAUUGAUUGGAAAUUCAAAUAAUAAUAAACCAAUGGAUCUAAGUGUUGCGAUUGGUUCAACAUCAUCAUCAUCAGCUAUGCAGCAACAACAAUCAUAUCUUACAUCGACAAAUGCUGCCACCGGAACCACUGCAGUGAUUACAUCAUCAUCAGCUGCAGCUGUAAUGGCUGCUGCUGCCGCAGCUGCAUCAUCGCCAACACAAUUAUUGUUGUCGAUCUCCCCUCAUUCAUCACAAAGGAUCUCGUUGCCGCAAGCAUCAGCGGCAUCACCACAACCAAUAACAUCUGUAUCAUCAGUUAUUUCAUCAUCAUCAUCGUUAUCAUCUUCAUCAGUGAUACCACCAAAAGCAACAUCACCAGCUUCUUCGACAACUUCAUCGACAUCAUCUUCUGGUGAAUCGGCAAAUAUUCUAUCCACAGUAAUUUCAUCUCAAGGUUCUAUUAAUCAAUGUGAUGGUCUUGCUGCAUUAGCCGAAAUUGCUCUUCAACAAGCAAAUCGCUAAUUAGUUUAUCAAAAUAUGCUUAACUGUUUGUUUUUUUUUUGUGAAAAUAAAGCCGAAGAAA